CUCAUAUCAGGAUUUAUUAAGACGCCGUAGACGAUUGUGAACAAAUUUGUUUGUAUUUGUUUUUGUAAAUGUGUUUGUGUUUAAAAACAUUUUUUAUUUUGUCAUGUUUUUAAGAAGCUGUGUUGUGGAGUGAUGGAGUUCAUUUGUAUGACUCUGAUGAUUAUUAUUGGAAUCACAGAUUCAACAGCAGAUCAGUUUGCUGUUGUUGGACCUGUAGAUCCUCUCCUCGCUGUAUCUGGUGAAGAUGUGAUUCUGCCCUGUUCUCUCAAACCCAACAUCAGUGCUGUAAACAUGAAAGUUGAGUGGUCCAGAGUUGAUCUCAAAGACUCAGUAGUUCAUCUCUAUGAAGAUCAUGAAGACAAAAACACAGAUCAGCUUCAGUCGUACAGAGGAAGAACUGAAGUGUUUAAAGAUGAACUACAGAAAGGAAACACAUCACUCAAACUCUCAAGAGUUCAGAUCUCUGAUGAAGGACUUUAUAAGUGUUUUAUUCAGUCCAAAUCCAGGAGUGAUAACAUUACUGUUGAUCUCAGAGUUGAAGCUGUAGGAAGUCCUCCACUCAUCACUAUAGAUGGAUUUGAUGGUUCUGGUGGACUUCAUCUUCAGUGUGAAUCUAAAGGUUGGUACCCUGAACCUGAACUUGUGUGGCUGGACAGUGAAGGAGUCACUUUGACAUCUGAAAAUACAGAGACACAGAGAGAGACAGAUGGAUUCAGAGUGAAACACAUGAUCACUGUAUAUAACAGAGACAGUAAAUAUCACUGUAGAGUCAAACUGAGACAUCACAUGAUGGAGACUGAGAUUAUUACAUCAAGUAAAAUGUUUAACUCUUGGAGGACAUUAAUGAUCUUGAUUUCUGUUGUAUCUGUGCUCAGUGUGAUCGCUGGAUUACUGAUUGCUGUGUUCAUCUAUAGACACAGAGAACAACAAAGAAAGGAUCAGAUACUAAAGAGUGAAGAUCAGAGACUAAAGAGUGAAGAUCAGAGACUAAAGAGUGAAGAUCAGAGACUAACGAGAGAAGACAAGAGACUAAAGAGUGAAGAUCAGAGACUAAAGAGUGAAGAUCAGAGACUAAAAAAUGAACAUCAGAGAUUUUCUCUAAGAGAGAAGUGGACUGUUGAAAGGGUGAAAUCACUGUUAAGAAAAUAUGCAGUGAAUGUGACUCUGGAUCCUGAUUCAGCUCAUCCACUUCUCAUUGUGUCUGAUGAUGGGAAACGAGUGAGAUAUGAACUACAAUCAGGAACAGUGAAGGAUGAAGAUCAAAAGUCAAAUAAAAAGUUUAAUAACCGUGCAUGUGUUCUUGGAAAUAUAGGAUUCACCUCAGGGUAUUUUUACUAUGAGGUGGAGGUGAAGGGGUUAAAUGAGUGGUUUGUGGGUGUGGCCAGAGAAUCUGCUGAGAGGAAGGGGUGGAUCAGUCUGAAUCCUGAGAGUGGAUACUGGGUGGCUGGUUUGAGAUAUGGAGAGUAUCGGGCUAGUGAGGAUUUAUCAUCUGUCUCUCUCUCCUUGAGUGUGGCACCUCAGAGAGUCGGGGUGUUUGUGGAUUAUGAGGAGGGUCAUGUCUCUUUUUAUGAUGUGGAGUCUAUGUGUCAAAUCUACUCUUUUACUGAUCAAUCUUUUAAUGAGAAACUACAUCCUGUUGUUUCUUUAGGUUAUGAAACAUCUGAAAACUCUGCACCACUUAUCAUCUGUGAUCUCUAAUGAGAUUUGAUCUAUAUACAAAAAUCCUCUCCUUAAGUUAUUUUUGUAACUUGAAAUGGUAUUAUACACACGGAUGUUUGUGUCAUUUUCAGAAACAUGUGAUGAUGAAUGAUGAUGGUAGUUUUUUGUCCCCUAAGAGAAAUGAGUUUUGUGCAUACAUGUGAUGCUGUAUAACAAAUCAAACACAUGAAUAACAAUCACACAGUCGUGUCAUUCACACCAGAGUUCAUCAGUUUCAUGGCCAUAAGAUCAAAAGAGUUAAUGUAGAGGUUUUAUCUUCAACAUGCGUGAUCUUGUCUGGGAAAACCCAACUAAACUAAAGUCAUUAAAUUUAUGUCUAUGUAACGGGUGUGUUUUGGGAACUACAAAUCCCAUCAGCCUUAGUGCUAUAAAAGGAAGUGGUAUGAUUCGUUCUUUCACUUCCUCCUUUGGUCCUUCCGCUAAUCUACGAAAGGUAGCUAUGACAAAGCUAAGGUAUGGCAUUGAUAUUAUAUGGGAAAUUAUAAGUCAUCGAGUCAUUUUAAAUAAUGCUUUUCUGUCUCUCGUACGCUUUCUGUGUGGUGAUUGAAUAGAAAACACAGCGUGAUGUAUUGCGUAAUGGCAAUAGACCAGCAGGAGUAAAGAUCGUUUGUCUGCAGUUGUAUAUCAAACACUAGUGAUAUUAGUGUCAAACAUAUGAGGCAUCGUUUGGCAGGUAGUGAUUUUAUUGGUUGAAUAAAAUGAACCACAUGUAUUUUAUUUAUACUUUGUUUGUUGUUUUUAGUAUUAAGGACUUGCUGGUUGCCUGAGUAUCAUUAAAGCAAGAUAAAGGAUGGUAGAGGUAUUGUUUAUUUUAUUAUUUUUAAAGGGUUUAUAAAGUUUUAAUUGUUUUAUAUCUAUUGAUAUGAAGGUUGAAUGUAAAUCUGGGUUUCUGUUUUAUUUAUUUAGUAAUGGAUUGUGUUUUCCCUUGCAGGGAUGCACGGUUACCGUUUAUUUGAUAUUUAAUUUGCCUCUUGAAGUGUUGUUUCUUUAAGUCGACCAUACAAGAACUAAGGUCACAAUCGGGGAACAAACUGAAUGAUUUUUAGUUCGUUUAAAGUGUUUAUGCAUUUCAUUUGCAGUACCCACUGUUGCUAAUAUUGGUUUUUGUUUUCUUUUGUAGAUUUCAUUUUGACCCAUCGGUGGCUGCGGGGUUGCCUUCACUGGUGGAUGAUGGUGUGGUGGUUUGGUCACUCUUAUGUCUUUUUUUCUUUAGGUCUGCAGUGUGAUUUGCUGUGAGUGGAUUGCAGUGCGAGCACAUUUGUCUAACACAUUAUCUUCACACGAAUAGGUAACCUGUGGCCAUCCGGGGGUCGCUUUGUUUUAUUUUGGUUUAUUUCUUUUGAUUUCUUUGUGGGUAUCUGCAUUGGAAAUUGCGUUACAUCCUUAUGCCUUUAUUUGUUUGAAUAAAACUGUUCUGAGUUAAAACUUCACCACUGCCUUGUGCCUGGUCAUUUACCACCUUUUAUGGGGUACCUGUAGGUUACAUCUGUAAAACUGCAAUGGAAAGAUUUGUUGGCUGUUAAGAGAAUACUUUCAGAUUAAUGUUAAUAAAACUGAGAAGGUGAUCACAGACCCCAGAUCAGUGGGGUACAGGAGCUCUGUUGUUGUUUACAGUCAGGAUAGUAAUCAGGUUGCUUAAAUAUUUGGGACUCCACAGCAACUUCAGUGGCAUAAAUAUGUGUUAAGUGUUUGUAUACAAGAGUUCAUGAGCAAUACGGCAGAUUAAUAAGAUCUUAAUAAACUCUUUAAAUGUGUUAAACUCAGAGUGAUGUGCAAGAGAUUUUAGGGUCCUGACCUGUUAUGUAGAGAAAAUCAACAUAAACAUUCAUUUAUUGCACUGUAACACUGAUAAUAGACUAAAGGCUGUUUUAUAUUUUCCCAUUUUGGUAAUGCUUUAUAAUGGUAUUGUUUUUUUAAGGAACAUGAUGCUGAUGUAUGUUUGAAGGUUGGAUAAUGU